AUGGCUAGCGUACUUCUGAGUAAAGAGCUGCCCGAUAUCGAGAACUUGUUGAAAUUGAACCCCACUGUGAAGCCCUAUUCUAAUCUGGUACCUUCAGCUCAAACGAAGAAGAAUAAACAGCAUUGGAAGAGGAACACUGACAGAAAAUGCACAACAUGUCCUACUCUGGAGAAGAACUUCGAGGACAUCAAACACACCACAUUGUCGGAGCGUGGCGCCCUGAAAGAAGCUGCGCGCUGUUUGAAGUGCGCCGAUGCACCCUGCCAGAAGUCUUGCCCUACGCAGAUCGACGUGAAAAGCUUCAUUACUAGCAUUGCCAAUAAGAAUUACUAUGGAGCAGCGAAGGCGAUAUUGUCGGACAAUCCGCUAGGUCUGACGUGCGGGAUGGUCUGUCCGACAAGCGACUUGUGCGUUGGCGGGUGCAACCUCCAUGCCAGCGAAGAGGGCGCUAUCAACAUCGGCGGACUGCAACAUUUUGCUGUCGAUGUUUUCAUGAAAAUGGGCAUUCCUCAAAGUCUGGACCCGAAUACGAAGCCUCUGCCAAUGGGAGGAGACCAGAAAAUAGCGUUGAUAGGGGGAGGGCCCGCCAGCAUCAGUUGUGCCUGUUUCUUGGCCCGGCUCGGCUAUAAGGACAUCACUGUUUACGAGAAGGAGAACUACCUAGGUGGACUAAGUUCUUCAGAAAUACCACAAUACCGUCUCCCAUACGACGUGGUGCAGUACGAAGUGGACCUUGUCAAAAACCUUGGCGUCAAAUUCCUCACAGGCAGAAUACUAGCCACCCAAGAUUUAACUGUGCAAGGUCUUCUUGAAGAUGGCCACGCAGCAGUUUUCCUUGGCAUCGGACUUCCGGAACCCAAGAGCGUGCCUAUAUUCAAGGGACUUACACAGGAAAUGGGUUUCUAUACGAGCAAAGAUUUCCUACCUCUUGUUUCUAAGGGAAGCAAAAAAGGUAUGUGCGUUUGCAAGACGUCGUUGCCUGAACUAUAUGGCAACGUGAUAGUGCUAGGAGCCGGCGACACGGCUUUCGACUGCGCAACUUCAGCCCUCCGCUGCGGCGCAAGGAGAGUGUUUGUGGUCUUCAGGAAAGGAUUUAGCAACAUCAGAGCUGUGCCCGAAGAGGUGGACUUGGCAAAGGAAGAAAAGUGUGAAUUCAUGCCAUUUAUGUCCCCUCAAGAAGUCAUUGUAAAAGACGGGAGAAUAGUAGCAUUAAAACUAUGUCGUACAGAACAACUCGAGGACGGCGAAUGGAUAGAGGACACUGAACAAAUAAUGCAAUUGAAAGCGAACUUUAUCAUAUCAGCCUUCGGAUCGGGACUGUAUGACACUGAUGUGAAAGAGGCGAUGUCGGGUAUCAAACUCAACCGCUGGGGCUUGCCCGAGGUCGACGAGACCACCAUGCAAAGCAGAAGCAACCCGAAAGUGUUCGUUGGCGGAGACUUGGCCGGGGUCGCGGAGACCACUGUCGAAUCGGUGAACGACGGCAAAACAGCUGCGUGGUACAUGCACUGCUUUUUACAGGGCCUAUCAUUCGACUCGCCCAUCGAACUACCCAAGUUCCACUGCCCCAUUGACGACGUAGAUCUAUCAGUAGAAGUGUGCGGCAUCAGAUUCCAGAACCCAUUCGGUCUCGCAUCAGCCCCACCCACUACGAGUGCUGCCAUGAUCCGGCGCGCCUUUCAGCAAGGCUGGGGUUUUGCUGUCACCAAGACAUUCGGAUUGGACAAGGAUUUAGUGACGAACGUAUCGCCUCGCAUCGUUCGCGGCGUGACGUCGGGAGAGACGUACGGCCCCGGCCAGGGCUCGUUCCUCAACAUCGAGCUCAUCUCCGAGAAGUGCGAAGCCUACUGGUGUAAGAGCAUCGAGGAACUCAAACGAGACUUCCCGGAGAAGGUGGUGAUUGCAUCAAUAAUGUGUUCGUACAACGAAGCGGAUUGGACUGAGCUGUCGCGGAAGGCCGAAGCUGCGGGAGCGGACGCGUUGGAGCUCAACCUGUCGUGCCCUCACGGCAUGGGCGAGUCGGGGAUGGGGCUGGCGUGCGGUCAAGAUCCAGUUCUAGUGAAGGGAAUUUCGCAAUGGGUGAGAAAAGCCAUCAAGAUUCCAUUCUUCGUGAAGCUCACACCUAACAUUACCGACAUUGUUUCGAUAGCCACGGCGGCAUAUGAAGGUGGAGCGAGUGGAGUUUCUGCUAUCAACACAGUCUCCGGAUUGAUGUCAGUCAAGUCAGAUGCAACCCCAUGGCCAGCAGUCGGAGUAGAGAAACGCACCACAUACGGCGGUGUAUCCGGUAACGCGACACGGCCUAUGGGUCUGCGUGCAGUCUCUGAGGUGGGCAACAAGCUGCCCGGGUUCCCCAUACUGGGCAUCGGCGGCAUCGACUCUGCUGACAGCGCGCUGCAGUUCAUACUGUGCGGCGCGCCCGUCGUACAGAUAUGCAGUGCCGUGCAGAACCAAGACUUUACUGUGGUCGAAGACUACAUAACCGGUCUGAAAGCUCUCUUAUACAUACGAUCUAUGGGUCUGGACGGAUGGUCGGGCCAGUCGCCGCCAACUUUCAAGCACCAGAAAGGCAAGCCUGUGCAGACCCUCUACGAUAGCAACGGCAAGGUUCUAGCUCACUUUGGUCCUUACGUCAAAAAACGCGAAGAGAUCCUUCACGAGAAACGACUGAAGUCGGACAUUCUCGGCAACAACAAAGUGGAUAGUCCUUUCGAAGCGAACGACAUCGUCGACCAAGUGCCAAGAAUAAAGGACGUUGUAGGUGCAGCCCUACCUAGGAUAGGAGCUUACAAGAACUUAGAUAACACCAAGCAAGUAGUCGCGCUCAUUGACGAUGAUAUGUGCAUUAACUGUGGAAAAUGUUACAUGGCAUGCGCGGAUUCCGGUUACCAAGCGAUUGAAUUUGAUGCUGAAACUCACAUUCCACAUGUGACGGACGACUGCACCGGCUGCACAUUAUGUCUGUCCGUUUGCCCCAUCAUUGACUGCAUUACAAUGGUACCGAAGCAAAUACCACACGUGAUCAAAAGGGGAAUCCGCCAAGAGAUAUACCCUGUCUCACCUAUGGGUGCAGUAUGCCAAUAA